UGCUUCAUGCCUGCUCUUCCCCCAACAAUUAUCUUUUUAUUCGUUCUUAUUUUCCCCUCUGCAUUGAACUGAAAUUAUAAGCUGCCAAACAGAUUAAGUUAAUAUAAGGAAACCCUAAUUUUGCAAUGGUGAGACCUAAUCAAGAAGCAAUCGACACUUUCAUCAGCAUCACUGGGGCACCCGAAGCUGUUGCUAUUUCCAUGCUAGAGGAGCAUGCUGGCAAUCUCAAUACAGCUGUAAAUGCAUAUUUCAGCGAGGGUGAUAGGCCAAGAUCAACCAUAGUUCCUGUAGAUGAUGCCAUGGAUAUAGAUGAUCCAAAUGAAGUUGUACCAAAUGGGCCAGUCCUUCCAUUUCUACCAUCAUCUAGAACAAACGAACAAUCGUCUCUUCAUGAUCGAAACUUCCAUAGCAGUUUCUUCGAUGGUGAUUCUGGUUCAACUCAUGAACCAAUGGUUACACAUCCAACAGAGGUGAGAGAGGUUAAGAAUAGCCAUGAGCCAUCUAGUCAUGCUCCUGUUGUUGAGGAUGCCUCUGAAACUGCACAAGCUCUCGGCCCGAAUUCCCAUGAGACUGUUACAAUUGAUGAAGUAGGUGACGAUUCAAUUGCGCAGCCAAGAUGGCAGAAUGAUAACUCUAACAACCAGCAUGUUACACCCAGCGCUCCUGCCUUCGAUAAUUUGCCAGACUAUGGCAAUGACAUUGAAGAACAAAUGAUUCAAGCUGCCAUUGAGGCCUCUAAGCGGGAUACUGAGGAGUUAAGUAAUACUGUGCCUUGGCAUAAUAUGUCUCAUUCAGAGGAUGCUGUACUUGAAGAAGCAGUUUCAUUGUCCUUUAAGACAGCAGAGCAAGAGAAGGCAUUGCGUGAGCAGGGUUACUGUGCCAGAACAUCAGAAGUGGAAGCUUCUAUACCACCUAAUGAGCAUCUUGGGAACAUAGCAGUCUCAAAUGGGAGGUUAAUGGAAGGAAGCUCUUCCAUUCAAGCUGAAGCUGCAGAUGGGGAUGAGCAGCCUCUAUUUAGGCACAGGUCUAGACAGACAUCAUCUGGCCCAGGAGAAUCUGCAAACGAAGUUGGAGUUGUGGAGGCUAGCGCACCAUCAAGUCCUGGACAGCAAGGAAUAGGCAAUCCCCCGCUGAACAAUGGAAAUGAAUUCCCUUCUGAUGAGUGGGGUGGUAUUUCUUCUGUGGAACAUGAUGAGGCAGUCAUGCUUGAGGCUGCGAUGUUUGGUGGAAUCCCUGAGAAUGGGUAUCGUUUUGCCUAUGCACCUCAUCACUUCAUUCGACCUGAGGGCUCUAAUCCCUGGCGUACCCCUCGUCCUCCAUCACCCUCUUUGGAAGCUCAACGCCUGAUACGGGAACAACAAGAUGAUGAAUAUAAUGCAUCAUUGCAAGCUGACAGAGAAAAAGAGUUGAAGGCAAUUCAAGAAGCUGAAGCUUGCCGUUUAGAGGAGGAAGCAGCUAGAAAAGCUGCUCUUGAAGAAGAAAAACGGAAAGAGGAAGAGUCCCGCAGGAAAAUGGAGGAGGAACAGGAAUGUGAGAGACAAUUAGCUGCUAAAGAAGCUUCUCUGCCUCUGGAGCCAUCAGCCGAUGAGGAAAAUGCUGUAAACCUUCUAGUGCGAAUGCCAGAUGGCAGUCGAAGGGGCCGUUUAUUUCUCAAGUCUGACAGGCUGCAGUCUCUCUAUGACUUCAUAGAUAUCGGUAGAGGAGUCAAGCCAGGCACUUACCGAUUGGUGAGGCCGUACCCAAGGCGUGCUUUCAGUGAUGAUGAAUGCAGCUUGACGCUGAAUGAACUUGGAUUAGCAAACAAACAAGAAGCCCUAUUUCUGGAGUUGAUCUAAUAACACCUUAACUAUUACAUGAAUAUCAUAGAAUACCACUAGGUAAUUUUAGUUCACUUAGAUUAUGGAAUUUCUUAAGGGUUCGUGAAUGUUUGAAGCAUAUGAAAUUUCAGGAAGGGUACAAUUUACCUGAAUGACAAUGACCUGUGUUUUACUUCUGUGAGUGUUCAAUUUGAUGGGGUCACAAUUGGAGUGACAAUUAUUAUUACUUGGCAUCAUAUUAGGGUUCGAAUUCCGUCUUUCAUACCCCUCUCAAAUUUGUAAGAUUAAAAAAAGGAGAAAGAAAUUGAUUGAAAGGGGCAUAGGGAAUAGAUUGUAUAUAAUGUGUGGAUCUAUUAAAAUGGUCAUUGUCAUGAAGCACAGUUUAAAUCACAUCUUAUUAAAACCAUUUAGUGUUUAAUUUCAA